UAAUCAGUCGCUUCCGUGUCGUUGAAGUAUGUUGUGCUUUGACUAAAGGGUUCGACACAAAUCCAUGUGUAAGCGCGCAGCAGUACGAUGGUGGUUGUGCUUUGCUAUCGCCGCUUUUAUCAUCUUUCGACUCUUUAUCUACUCCGCGAUUAAUCGGCGCACACCGCGAGACAGCAGUUUUAUUGCCGAUCAGAAUAAUUCCCUCGCGAUGGCUAACGAAACCAGCGCAACGAACGAUUUUUGGGCUACCAAAGAAUCCGAUUGGUUCCCGCCUUUACCGGACGGUGUGGCCGAGAAAGCUAAAGCUAUCCGGAUUGUCGAAGGAACCCAGGAUGUGACGCUCAACAAUCCCAACGAGAGCCUCGAAGAACGCGAAGUGUUCUUUCGCCACUGCGACCCGGAGAACCCCGGCCACACGGCACUGCACAUUCUGCUGUUGCACGGCGCCAGUUUCUCAUCAGAAACCUGGCAGAAUUUAGGGACGCUCCAGUUAUUAGCGGCGCUGGAAUACAGCGCCACGGCAAUUGAUCUGCCGGGGUUCGGGAAGACUCGCGGGAAACCGCUGACCGGCGUGGCGGCCGCAGCAUUGGUGUACCGGUUUGCCUUGACGCGUGGGAUGCUCAAAAAGACCCUGGUGAUUAUUGCACCGUCCAUGUCGGGCGGGUACGCGGUACCCUAUCUCAUGAACAACCCGUUCCGCCAACCGAAUUCCGAGGAUCUGGCUAUGGUGUUCGUGUCGCCGGUGGGCACGGAGAACUAUCCGGAUGAGGAGUAUAAAGCCAUCCAGGUGCCGGUACUAAACGUAUACGGAUCGCGCGAUGAAGCUUGGGGACAACGUGUCGCUCAGAAGUUCAAUCUUUCCCGGCAUGCAAAAAGCGUGGAACUCCCGGAUGCCGGUCAUGCGGCCUAUAUGAACCAGCCCGAUCUCUGGCACCGCCUUCUCAACGUCUUCCUGCGAAAGGUGAAGGUGUGGUAUGGUGCACAGCAUGCCAUUAAUCGGGAGCAUAACCAGAGCCCAACUUAGUCCAGAAAACAUCUGCACGGCUAACAAUAUAUUAUAGUGACGUUGUAUAAUCUGUUGAUUGAUAUUAUUAUUCUACAAAAAUAAUAAAUGUUAUUAAUAAAUGUUUACCAUUUUAAUUUGUUGUGUAUUAACAAAGAUUGACUGAGCGAAAGGAUGAUUAAAUGAAUUUACAAUCAGA